ACUUUCGCAUCUAAUAUGGAUACCGAAGAGGAGGAAAAUUCGGUUAAGGGAAAAUUAAUGCAGGAUUACAAAGAAGAGAACGAGAAACCGGAAGAGAAUGGCAAAUCAAAAGAACGACUGAAACGUGCCUUAAAGCAAAUUGAAAUUCCACCGUCAAAGUUAGUUAAUCGAAAUGAAUCGAACGAGACGGUCGCCCUCGCGCGACCAAUCAGUAGAAUAUCGAUCGACGUCUUUCGAGGCGUCAAAAUGGCAUCCGUAGAUGACCUGCUAUUAUUCGAAGAUCGGACUAGCAUUAGGUUUUCGACUCAAGUGAAACGGUAUAGAGCUGACUUUCGCAAGUGCUGCCUAUCUUCGUCGAUUGUAAUACUGCUUUUGUGCAUAGUCGUCGUAGCCGUCGUAUUGAUUUUCCUCCUAAAUAAACCGACAGAUGAACAAACGCCGAGUUUCGUGCAAACAAAAUUAGGAGAGAUCAGAGGAAAGCGCGUUAAGUCACCACAGGGUGAUGAGGUUAUAGAGUACCUCGGCGUUCCGUUCGCAGAACCUCCGUUAGGCGAAUUACGAUAUAACGACCCGCGACCUUUAAGAAAGCUGAAGUCGGAUCCGUAUGAGGCUUUCGACGUUAAAUACGCAUGCAUUCAGUUUUUGGACACGACUACUUUUCCAAAUUUCCCUCCCAUGGAUAUGUGGAAUGCUCAAAACCCUUUGAAUGAAGACUGUCUUUAUUUAAAUAUUUGGGUUCCUGGCAAGAAAAGGAAGAAAAAAUUAACUGUUAUGGUCUGGAUUUAUGGAGGGGGGUUUUACGGCGGGGCAAAUUCUCUUUGGAUCUAUGAUGGCAGAGCGUUAACAGCCUACGGCGACGUAAUUGUCGUGUCCUUCAAUUAUCGAGUGGGUAGUUUUGGCUAUCUCAGUACGGGUGAUGGUAGAGUGUUGGGAAAUUUUGGUAUGAAAGAUCAAGUCCUUGCAUUAAAUUGGAUACAAGAAAACAUAGCAGACUUUGGUGGUGAUCCUGACGAUGUAACUCUGUUUGGAGAGAGUUCAGGAGCUACAAGCGCUGGCUUACAUAUGAUGUCACCUAUGAGUGGUCACCUAUUUAAACGUGCCAUCUUUGAAAGUGGAUCUCCUGAUAUUCAUUGGGGCUUCAUGUCGAAAAAGCAAGCACGUGAACGAUCUAAAAAAUUCUUUAAGGCUGUUAAUUGCCCGGAUGAUGAUCAAAUUUUAACUUGUCUAAGGAGAUUACCAGCCAAUUUCAUUCAAAAUAACGAAUGGGUUGACUCUAACUUUCUGGUCUUUCCUUGGGCACCGUCUGUGGAUGGAACUUUUUUAACAGACACGCCCCAUAAUUUAUUAAAGAAUAAGAACUAUACAAAGAAAGACUGCUUAUUGGGUGCCAACAAAGAUGAAGGAACUUUCUGGAUUCUCGCAUUAAAACAUUUCAGCAAGGACACCGAAAGUUUACAUACAAAUGAAACUUUUUAUGAAACUAUUGACUUAAUAGACCAUGACUUGACGGACGAGUGGAGGACGAAGAUCAAGCAAAUGUAUAUGCCCAAAGAUCAAACAGAUGGCGCUGCCCUUCGCGACAAUUUGGAUAAAGUUUGCGGAGACCGAAGUUUUACAUGUCCAACGUUCGAUGUAGCAAACGUUUUUGCUCAAGAGUUUAAUGAGCACUCCGUAUAUUUCUACUAUCUUACUUAUCGGGCGUCAAAUGAGCAAUGGCCACCUUGGAUGGGCGUCAUACAUGGAGCAGAGAUACAAUGGAUAUUCGGAAUGCCAUUGAACUCUUCGAGAAACUACACAAAGGAGGAAGUAAAAUUCUCCAAAAUAGUAAUGGAUUAUUGGGUUAACUUCGCAAAAACGGGAAAUCCCAAUAGUCCAAAUCUUCCAGAAUGGCCAAAGUAUAAUAAAGUCGAAGGAAAGAAAACAUACUUGGAAAUGAGGUCACCUGAAGAUUUUAUCGUUGGCGAUGGUUUACGAGAAAGUUUUUGUAAAUUGUGGGCAUCCAUUCAUUUGGAACUUCAAACUUCCAUUUAG